GCAUUUCACAGAUUCUCCUCUGGUUGUCGCUCUCAACUCUGAAACCCUUCAAAUCAAUUCAUCCAUCCCUUGAUUUUCCUUCACACAGAAAAGGUGUAAUUUCCCGAUCACCUUUAAUUGUUCCGUAAACCCAAUCCUUUUCUACAUAUCUCCGUUUUUCACGGUUCUGAAUAUUUAAUCUCCCCCAUUUAGCGUAUUGGAGCUAUUGAAUCUUUCUCAACUCGUUGUGUUUUCAUCAGAACCAUGAUUAGGUUGUUCAAAGUAAAGGAAAAACAGAGAGAACUUGCAGAAAGUGCUAAUGGGAAGCCUCCAGUGAAGAAACAAAGUGCUGGAGAACUACGUCUUCAAAAAGACAUCAGUGAACUGAACCUGCCAAAAACCUGCACCAUUUCAUUCCCUAAUGGCAAGGACGAGCUAAUGACUUUUGAAGUUACCAUUCGUCCUGAUGAAGGAUAUUAUCUGAGUGGAACUUUUGUUUUCUCAUUUCAAAUUUCACCCAUCUAUCCACAUGAGGCACCAAAGGUGAAAUGCAAGACAAAGGUAUACCAUCCCAAUAUUGACUUAGAUGGAAACGUCUGUCUAAACAUUCUUCGAGAAGACUGGAAACCUGUCCUGAACAUAAACACCAUCAUUUAUGGGUUGUAUCACCUUUUCACGGAACCCAAUCACGAGGAUCCACUCAAUCAUGAUGCUGCUGCUGUGUUGAGAGACAACCCGAAAAUGUUUGAAUCUAAUGCUAGGAGAGCAAUGGCUGGUGGCUAUGUUGGACAAACUUUCUUCCCUCGCUGCAUAUAGUAUGUAAAGUUUCCAGCAUUUAUGUGGAUUUGGAAGAUAUGGAUAUUGAACUAGUUGAGCUAUGCUAUGAUUAUGUAGCAAGUGAAUUGUGCUGUAUCAUAUUAGUCUGUGAAAUUAUAAGAUGUUUGUUUA